AAAAAAAUAAAUAAAUAAAUAAAAGAAAAAGGUGUCGGAAUUAAAUCAUUGAAACCAUUAAUUUCACAAUCUUAAAGGGAAGCUAAAUGCGUCCCGUUCCGCGUCAAUCAGGCACUGCCAACCAAACCCUGUGAGAAAAGAAUAGCUCAACAGGCUCAAGUUAGCACCACCUCCCUUAGCGGAUCUACUCUGCUCCGUCUGAUCCCAAUCUCCGAUCUUCCAUUCACGGACUUCUUCUCUCAGGUACGCCUUCAAUCGCACUGGCUCUUAUUUUCCUUCUCUCAGAUCCAUCCGAUCCAAGUUUCAAUUUUUCUUUAUAUAUAUAUAUAUUUUUUUUUUCUUUUUUUGGUUUUCCUUUUAAACUAAAUUCCGUAAACGAAGAUAACCAAUGAAUUCAAAUCGCGGAAAGAACUUCGAUUUCGAUCUUGGGAUCGGAUCGUCCCAACCCAAAUCGCUCAACGAGCAGAAGAACCGUACUUCUUCAUAUUCGUCGUAUUCUUCUUCUUCUUCGUCUUCGUCUUCUUCUUCCUUUUCUUCUUCGUAUUCAUCCACGCAAACCCGACCCGCUUGGCAACCCAAUAAACCCUCAUGGACCCAUCAGCCAGCACCGAACCUUGCGAGCGGACCCACUUCCAUGGUCGGUGAUAUUUUCGGCAAAACUUGGUCUUCUACUCCUUCUGGUUCAUCUACGGGUAUUGGGAUUACAAAUAAGAAUCCAAACCUGUUCGGUGAUUUGGUUGGCUCUGCUAUGGGGGGUCAUGGCAAGAGCAAUGCAAAUGUCCCUUUAAAGAAUGCAACGCCUAUUUCAAUGGCUUCAUCUGGAGCUGCAACGAAUAAGAGCUCUUUUUCAAUGGGGAAUAUGGCUGAUUCAUUGCCAAAAACUAGUGCCCAUUCCACGAAUACUGGUGGAACUUGGGGUUCUUCUGGUGGGUUUAAUAAUAUUAGUACAAACAAUAAUAAUUAUAACAAGAAUUCGAAUCUUGGAGGUCCUUCAAUGAAAAGUAUGGGUAGUAGUGGUGGUGGCGGAGGCAUUGGGAUAGGCUCUAAGAAGGACCCAUUUGGUUCUUUCGUUGAUUUUGGAUCGAAACAAUCCAGUAGUCUUAAUUCCGGGACUAAAAGUGAUAAGGUCGGUAGUACUGGUGGUGAUGCUUUUGGGAAUUUUCAGAAUGCUUCAAAAUCAUCAAGCAACUCGAAUUUCGCACAUAGCAGCAAUAGUGCAAAAAAUGACAACUUUAUGGGAUCGAAUUCGGGUUCUGGUUUGAAUAUGAAUGACUUUGGGAUGCCCAAGAAUCAGACUCCUCCUGCUCAGUCAUCCAGUGCUGAUCCCCUCGGCAUGUUCUUUUCCGCAUCCACACCCUCAGCUGGAGGUGCUGCUGCUGCUACAACGAACAAUGGAGUUGGAGGACAGCAAACAUCAGAAGUUGAUGACUGGGGACUGGAUUCGGAGUUUGGAGGAGGAAGCGAUGUGGGUGGUUCCACUAUCGAGCUUGAAGGGCUACCACCUCCUCCUGCUGGUGUAUCAGCUUCUGUGGCUAAGAACAAGGGAAUGGAUAACUACAAGCAGGGGCAGUAUGCUGAUGCUAUUAAGUGGCUUUCUUGGGCUGUCAUUCUCCUUGAGAAAGCAGGUGAUCAUGCUACUAAUGUGGAGGUUUUGUCAAGCAGAGCUUCAUGUUACAAAGAAGUUGGGGAGUACAAGAAAGCCGUAGCAGACUGUACAAAGGUGCUAGAACAAGAUGAUGCAAAUGUAGCUGUUCUUGUACAGCGUGCACUCCUGUACGAAAGCAUGGAGAAGUACAGACUUGGGGCAGAAGACCUGAGGACUGUUUUGAAGGUUGAUCCUCUUAACAGGAUUGCCAGAAGCACCAUCCACCGCCUGAACAAAUUAGCAGACUAGAGGAUUUUUGAAAUAUUUGAUAAUGCUUAGUGUUUUCAUUUAGAUUCAUACCAUUUCCCCUGUUAUACCAUAAAAAAGAUUUAGGGAAUGAUAAACAUUUUGAUUCGAUACAUGAACAAUUCUUUUAUACUUGUUGCAUUCUGAAUGGUUUAUCUUGUAUGAUGAUUAUGUAUUUCAGUUA